UCCAUGUCACAGUAAUCUUUUGUAUUACACAUUGGACUUGAAUUAUUAUUAAAUGUUUUGUGCAUGGACAUUAAUCGUUAUAUAUUAGAUGACGUUAACAAUAAAUCAGUAAAUAUGAUGUUUUCAUUGAAUAUUUUUUUUGCAAUUUUGGCUGUAUGUUUAAUUAAUGUUGCCGUAGGUUAUUAUUCGGAAGAUUUAUACAUACACAGACAUCGUUGCUCACAAUUGCGUUUAAAAAAUGGUCGAGUAAAAUUACGUUCAAAUGGCAGAGUUGCUCGAUUUUCUUGUAAUUGGCCUUAUAAAUUAAUCCAUGGAAAUGAACUAGCUACUUGUAUUAGAGGUGCAUGGGAUAGUCCAGCUCCAAUUUGUGCCAGACCUGGAUGUGUAAUUUUACCACAAAUAUCUAAUGGAAGAAUCAAUGUUGUGGAUCAAGGACUAAAAUUAGAACUAGUUUGUAAUUUUGGAUAUACCUUAGAUGGGCCAAAUUUUGUAUAUUGUACAGAAAAUUUGUCAUGGAAUGAAGACUUGAAAGAUUGUAGAGAAAAUGAACAGUUAUUUCAUUCCUGUGACUUUGAAUCAACCGAUGAAAGAUUUUGUGGGUGGAAAAAUGAUAUUUACAAUGAUAUUGACUGGUUUGCUGAUAAAAUGGGAUUUUUUAUAUUUUCAUCAAGACGGCAUGUCCAACCUGGUCCUUCUCAAUAUUUUUCUGGAAACUAUAUAUCUUUGGAUACUGGAAAUUAUGGCGCUUCUACUUCUGGGAAAUUAGUUUCUCCCCAACUUCCUCCAGUUAAAGAUAAACAGAGAUGUCUUAUUUUCUCAUACAAAAUUGUAAACACUGACAAUUAUGGACGCUCAGCGCUAAUUGUGUCUUAUGGUGGAAUUCCUCAUUGGUCGUCAAAUAAAGGAGAAGGACGAACCAUUAUAGGAUUGUAUCAUCUUGAUAUAGCAGCAAACAUAAUAAUUGAAGGGAAAAGUUGUAAGGCUGCGAUUGAUAAUUUGAUAAUUGCCGAGGGUGAAAGUUGUUCACAUGAUGAUGGAGAUGAGUUUAAUUCGUGUCUUGAUAAUUGUGGAAUAUCUAUUAGUGGAAAUGGUUGUUCGUGUGAUUGGGAAUGCCAUAGCAACGACAAUUGUUGUUCAGACCUCGAUGCACAUUGUCCAUAUAUAAAAUCAACGGCAGAAAUUGUUAAGAUGUACUUGUCUACAACAAAGGCGACGAUAUCAGUAAAUUCUAGAAUCAAUGGACUAACUACUCAAAAACCAUAUAGCAUUAAAGAUAAAUCAGGAAAUUUUACAUUGUUUUCUACAUCUAACGUUUAUGGCAUUGGGAAUGUAUCAAAUAGUGUUCAUACAAUAUCAAAAUCUAAUUUAAGUUCUACUACUAUUGUUCAAAUUCCUACUUCAAAUAAUACUUAUCCCACCUUUCCAUUUACUAUACCUUAUACAAAUUCAACAAUAAAACCAUUUACAGUAACUAUACCAGUUACAAAUUGGCCUAAAAUUAAUGAUAACAGUAAAUUAACCAUUGAAUCUAACUUGAAUAAGACAAUUCAUAAUGAUACAAAAAUUAUUGCAAGUGUAAUACAUACAACAAAUUUCUCAGCCAGUAGAGAAAUUGCACAAAAAAAUAUAACUACUACAAUUAUUCCAAUCACGAAUAAUUCUCUAUAUUCAUUUAUAAUCACAUCGACCUCUUUACCGGACACUCAAUUUACAUUUCUUCCUAGCAAUACCUCAAUUUCUGUUAAAAACCCUACUUUUACUAAUCCUUUCGUGAAUAAUAAUACGACGAUAUAUUCUACUCCUAGAAACUUAAAGAAAUUUAAUUAUUCGACCAAUAAAGUUACUCAACAAAAUCAAUGGACACAUUAUCCUCUAAAUAAUUCUUCAGGAAUUAUUAAUCAUCAAUUUGUUAUGAAUGAAACACUGACAACAGUCAAAUCGAUAGAAUUUAUAAACAACAGUUUUACAAAUCAGACAACAAAACAAUCAAUAAAUAAAUUAAACAAAAAUAGAAACAGCAAUGUCUUUGAAUAUUCUGAUAUUAAAACCAAAGAAAAUAAAGAAUUUAUUAUUAUUCAAUUACCAGAAUCUCUUGAAAAUGUUACUACUUCAAAAAGCAACAAUAUAUUGAAUAAUAGUUCCAGAAAAAGUUUAUCACGUCAUAAUGACGUGAUCUCACAAUUCAAUAAUCCGACAAUAACAUCUUAUCGAAGUUCAAAAGAUAUAGAUUUAAAUUUAACUCUAGACUCAUCCGGACUACAUAACAAAUCUAAAUUAAACUAUACUCAAAUCAACAAACACAUGGAUGAAGCAGAACAUUGGAUGAUACAACAAUCAAAACAACAAACAGAUGAAAAAAAUCCCAAUUGGAGUGUUUUAUUAAUUUUAAAAUGUAUUGCUGCAUUAUUCAUCAUGAUUGUAACGUUAAAAUAUAUAAUAUCUCUUGGAAUAUGGUAUUUCAAAAAAUCAAGACAAGUAUUGGAUUUGGAUUUUAAUGAACCUGAUAAUGAUACUAACUCUCAUAUUGAAUUGAUAGCUAAUGAAGACCUGUAAAAUUAAUUAGAUAAAUUUUAUUAUGUUAUAAUUUUUUUUUAUUUGAACUUAUUUUAUGUGUAUUUUUAAUUUAAUAAUAUGUUUGUGAUAAUAAUAAAAAAUAUUUUUAUUUCUCAUAAAUAGCUUU